AUGGAUUGUUACAAGACCCUGAUUCUCCUCUUCUUUGGUAAGGCCACGGGAUAUCACUUGAACUCCUGCUCUCAGUUCCCCCCACGGAAGUACUACUACAUUAAUAUGAAAAUGAACUGGACCGAUGCUCGGCAUGUCUGCAGAGAGAACUACACUGACCUGGCGACCUUCGAAAACAUGGAUGACAUAAACAGCUUCAAGGUUACCAUUAGCAGGCAAUGGGCAUGGAUAGGACUGUGGGAUGAUCCACAAUCCUGGAGGUAUGCUAUGGGCAAUGAAUCCAACUCCUGGAGAUGGUCAGCAACUAAUGAAACAAGCAAAACCGGUUACAGCAACUGGAUGACAAAUGAACCACAAUAUUGGGGAGGUAGCGAAACCUGUGUGGCAAUGACCACUGAUGGAAAAUGGAAUGAUCGGAAUUGUGAAACAGGCUUCUAUUUUAUUUGUUAUACUGUUUCAAACGAAAAUGAGAGAACCUACGUGUUAAUCAGAAAUACAAAACCAUGGGAUUCUGCUCUAGAGUACUGCAGAGCACACUACACGGACAUGGCCAUGAUCGAGAACGUCGAACAAAACAAUGAGGUCAAUGCUGCAAAAUCAGAUACUCGGACAGUUUGGAUUGGUCUGUACAGAGUGCCGUGGGUUUGGUCUGACAAAUCCCAAAGCUCCUUCACGCACUGGCAGAGUGGUAGACCAAAUAACUAUGGUGGCUACCAGCUC